AUGGUCAUGGUGGACGGCGAGAAAGCACAGAAAGUAUCUGACAUUAGCAGUCACAACUCAGAUAAGAAUGAUCCGGAGGAACUUCAGAUGGAUCACGGUGUCGUCGCCUGGCUUCAAGUCUUGGGAAGUUGGAUUCUUUUUGCCAACACAUGCUCCAACGCCAACUUUCAAGCAUACUACUCCACGAACCUCCUGCCCGACACCAACCCUUCGACGAUCGCAUGGAUUGGAUCUAUCCAAAUCUUCCUCAUGAUGCUGAUCGGGGUCUGCGCAGGCUGGCUGCUUGACGCGGGUUAUCUCCGCUUCAUCCUCGUCUGCGGCACCGCCAUGACGUCCCUAGGUCUAUUCAUGCUCAGCUUGUGUACGAAGUACUGGCAGAUUCUGCUGGCGCAGGCCUUCUGCGUGGGAAUCGGGAGUGGGCUGUUGGGAUUGACCUGCGUUGCCGUGAUUCCGCUGUACUUCCAGAAGCGAAGGAUGAUCGCGACGGGGAUCGCGGCUACAGGAAGCAGCUUGGCUGGCAUCGUGUAUCCCAUUGUGGAAAGACGUCUCAUCGCCUCUAUUGGCUUUCCUUGGGCCGUCCGAGUGUUUGCCUUCAUCGUCACGGCAAGUCUCCUGGUAUGCAUCGCCGUAAUGCGUCUUCGGCCAAACCGCAAGCGUCGCGGUGCUCUCUUCCGACUGAAGCAAUUCCAUGACAUCCCCUAUGUAACCUUUUGCAUCGCCUUCGCCCUGAUGAUCGGUUCCGUAUACAUCCCCUUCUUCUACGUGGAUGCCUACGCCAUCCGUCUGGGCGUCGACGAGUCCACGUCCUUCUACAUCCUCAGCGCGAUGAACGCAGCCAGCCUCUUUGGGCGUCUCGCGCCCAACUGGCUUGCCGACAAAUACGGCGGCAUCAGCAUCAUGAUGCCCUGCUGCCUUGGAUCUGCCGUCGUCUUAUUUCUCCUGCGCUUCGCGCAUGACAUGCCUGGUCUGAUCGCGGUGUCCGUCGUCUACGGGUUCGUGUCCGGGGGCAUGGUCUCGUUGCCGCCGGCCACGAUUGCCAACCUGACGGACGACACGGCCGACUAUGGGACGAGGAUGGGCAUGGGGUACACGAUUGCGAGUAUCGGAGCGCUGAUCGGUAACCCCAUCGGAGGUGCUGCGCAACGGCGUCGGGGAGAUUCGGUUGCGGAUGUUCAAAGAGAGUUUCAAGGGACCUGGAUCUUUGCUGGAGGGUUCAUGUUAGCGGCUGUUGUUUCGAUGGUCUUUUCAAAGUAUUUGAGAGUAGGGUCCGUCUUGCAAGGGAAGUGCUGA